AUUAUAGGGAAUUUUGUAUGUUGGUACUUCUCUCGGGUUGAUGACUUUUAUAACCGUUUGAAUUUGAAAGAUUUCCCAGCAUAAAUGUUAUGAAUAUUUACCUUUACAGUAACAAAUUGUAUUACAAAUUAGUAACAUGAGUUUUAGUGAUUUAAGUCAAAUAUCGGAUAUUAGUAGUAUAUCACGAAUUUCUCGUGUGAAUUGUAGUCGAAUAAUGGGCAGAUUAGAUUCGCUGCAAAAUUCAUCAGUACAACAACAUAGCCUGAUACAUAAUGCAAGCAAAGCUGUCACAAACCAGAAUCAAGAAUCUAAUCAUCUUCAGAAGGCUGCAAAACGUUUGACCUUAUGUGAAGAAAGCAUUGGUGACCAUAUAAAAAGUAAAAUGAUUUUAAAAUGUAUACAGGAUGCCACCAUGAAUACAAAAGAAACAUUAUCCAAAAAUGUUGUUUCUAAAUUGAAAGGGUUACUUUUGAUGCAUGAAGUUGACAAAUACAUGCAUUUACCAUCCAGGUCUAAAAAGAAGCAAGAAAAGUUAACAGUCUUGGGAAUUACUGAUUUGCCAGAAUAUGAUCUCACUCAUGAAGAAAAGUUGGAUGUUAAAUGUUAUGUAGAAGCAUUAUUAAGGGAGAAAAUACAUGAUUUUAUUUUGAGUUAUGAAAGUUUUGGAGGUAACAUGAAAGAAGUAAUGAGGUCAAAUGAUUGUAAUAUGCAUAAAAAAUUGUUUAAACCUCAUGAAGUAGAAAUGUUGCAAUGGAAAGAUAAGAUUGAAGAAUUAUGUGAGCAAUAUACAAGUGAUAUUGAUAAAUGUCGAAUUCUAUUUAAUAAUUGGAACAGUCUUAAGUAUAAAGAUGUCAAUCGUAUUUAUUUCGAAAAAGCAGAAUACAUGUUGCUACAAGCUGAAGUUGCAGAAGUACAAGCAAAAAUUACAAAAUUAUCCUGCAUCAUGAGAAUGUAUAAGGAGAUUCCAGAGACUAUUGAUGCUUACAAAAUAUUAAAUGCAAUCAUAGAUGAAAAAUUAUUUGCAACAAUGAAUAAGAUCGAGGAAAAGGAAAAUUUAAAGAAACAAUAUGAAAAUUUGCAAAAUACAGAAUAUAGUAAUAUUUUAAAAACUUACUUACAGUUCUGUAAAGCUAUUGAGAAGAAGAGACAAAUAUUAGAAAAAUUAUAAGCUUAUAUUCUUUGUUUGAUUAUAAAGUUAAUUCUUUUUUAGGAACAAAAUUAUAUUAUUUUAAAGUAUAUCAUUAUUUAUUGUUGUUAUCGAAUACUGAUAGAUAUAAGAAAUAUGAUAAAUGAGUGUAUUAAUACUUUGUAUAAUGAAUUAAUAUAAAAUGUACUAGGAAGAUAAUAGUAAAAAUUAUAGAAAA